AUGGCGGAUGGAGAUCUAAAAAUAGUUGACAAGAGUGUACAAGGCGAGCCAGAAGAUCUUCAGACUGAAGCCGAUCGGCGUGCACAGUUUCUCAUAGUUAAAUCUCUUACGGAACGGUUCGGAAAUAUCAACAUCAUUGGUGAGGAGGACGUAACAUCCGAGUGCAGCACAGUCGAAAAGAGUUUCGCUGCCGAAGUUUUGCAAGUUGAGAAAGAUGUGAAACCAGAACUUAGAGAAGUUAAACCGGAUGAGAUCACAGUACUGAUUGGUAUCGCUCAUCGUGGUCGGCCUAUAGCUGGGGUUAUUCAUCAGCCAUUUCACAGAAAUGCUGGCAGAACUAUAUGGGCUAUAGAGGGAUGUGGAGUGCAUGGUAUAAUACCUGCUGGAGUGCAACCACAACGUGUCGUUGUGACAACAAGGAGCCAUUUGAAUCAGUCUGUGCUUGACGCCCUUAAUGCACUGAAAGAGAAAGGACUCGUUGAUGUUGUUGAAAAGUUCGGAGGUGCAGGCUAUAAGGUGAUAAAGGUGCUCGAAGGAAGUGCUGCUUAUGUGUUUGCUAGUGCCGGAGGUCAGCUAACUGAUAUAUCGGGGAGACAUCUUUGCUAUGAACCAACAGUUCAGCGGAAUAAUACAGGCGGUGUCCUCGCAUCUGCAUCAUGGGAUUACAUACUCUCUAUACCGAAAAGUCUGAAAGACCAACUGCCAGAAAUCGCGGCAAAGACUUAA